AUGAACACGAGCAGCAACACAAGUAUGCAGCAGAUGGCGACCGCGAGCAUCGCAGCGUGUUCGCCCAGCUUGGCGGCGCCCCUCGCGGCGCAGAAGCGCGCCGCGGUUAGCGUCGCCUUAAAUACCCGCGCGCUUAUCGUGCAGUGUGCACCCUUAUUCACACUUCAGUACGUUCAUUAUGCCAAUGUAACAAACUUUAUUCCCGAGUUCUUCAAAAAACACUAG